AUCGCAAGCGCAACACGUAAAAUACUACACUGGCAGGUGCGACGACAGAAAGAGACGCGGUCUUUUCUACAUAUGAAUGUGAUUUGCAGAAUCUCGAGGAAUAUACUUGAAUCCUUCGAGAGAAAAAAAGUACACCUAGAUGACGUAGUACUGCAGAUAUAUCGUGUGAAAAAAAAGAAAAACAAAAUCGUGACCUUUCUACCGAUUAUCUUGAGAUAAACGUUUCCGCGUCAAUAAAUGAAAGUUUAUGUGAAUUUGUAGUUAUUUAUCUAAUGAAGGUUACGUUUGAUCGUCUUAGAUAAAAUGGAUAUGGCCUUUGUGAAAUAUCAGAAACUCGAAGAAAAAGUUUUGGAAAAUUUAAAGAUAAAUGGCAUAAUACAUCGAUCAAAAGGAAGCAGUGGAUUAUGGAUUGGAGGUUUAAUUGGAUUCUGUGCAGUUUUAACGUUACUAAAAGAAAGUAGUAGUUAUUCGGAGAUAUGUUUGGUCACAGGUUUAGGAGGUUUUGGAUUACUCGUUAGCUGCUUGUCUCUUUACGUUCGCCUUUUUAUGGGAAAUGGCGCGAUUAAAGAUUUUCAAGUUAUUUAUUUUCUACCGUCGAUCACAACAUCUAUGUUAUAUCUUCUUGUGGCAAACAAAGGAUUGCUGACAAGUUUAAUAUGGGGAUUAAGCGUAGGAAGCUUGGGUACCUGGGGAGUCCUACAAUUAAUGUCACAUUGCCCUGGUUGUUUCACGAUAGGAGAGGCAACGAUAGUUACGCACGGAAUUAUUUUAUUCCUAUUGUCGGUCGCGACGAAUGUACCAUUGAGGUAUCAUUUACCACCAAUUCAUAAUGACGAUAUCGUUACUGUUAUAUUGCAGAUUGGCAUAUUAUAUGUGUUAUCAGUUUGUAUAUUGUGUAAAAGCUUUUCUAUACUACGUUCCCCCUUGUACUUUUAUACAAUGUUAUUUGGUACUUUUUUUCUACUUGCUGUUCCAUCGUUAUAUGUCCUCCUUGACAAAAAUCCUAUAACAUGGAUAUUAUUUUAUAUCACUGGAAAACCACAUAGAAUUACAUUGAUAAUAUAUUGGACAAUUUGUUUAUUAUUUUGCGUAUUUGUUAUAAUCUUUCAAACGCUAUCUGGCAUUCAAGCUACAACCUCCAUCAGGAAAUACUUUCAUGUCCUAGCCGUUCUGGUUUAUAUACCCGGACUUAUAUUCGAGCCUACGUUAUUAUAUCUUGGAAGCGGCGUUAUAAUGGGAAUAUUCAUACUAUUUGAGUUAUCAAGGAUUUUGCAUAUAUCGCCAUUGGGGGAUAUUCUGCAGAAGGGGUUCAUUGUAUUUGUGGACGAGAAAGAUACUUUGAUAUCUUUGACGCCAUUGUAUUUACUCUGUGGCCUUUCAUUUCCAUUGUGGAUGCCAGCUAGUAAUGUUUCACUGUUCGUCCUUCUUAGCGGGGUAUUAACAGUAGGCAUAGGCGAUACGGCUGCUAGUUUCGUCGGUAGUAAAUGGGGAAAGCAUAAGUGGCCAGGUUUAGAAAAAUCUCUGGAAGGAACGCUUGGCUGUAUUAUUAGUCAACUUGGAACGAUAAUGGUUCUUGUUUACAUGCGAUAUAUCAAUGAUCAAUGGUCGUUAUUAAGAGGUAUACCGUCCGUUAUUGCAAUUUCUUUUGUUGAAACGAAAACCGAUCAAAUUGAUAAUCUGAUUCUACCGUUGUUGAUGUAUCUAUAUCUUAUCAUCUAAAUGCAGUACAUUUUUUACUGUAGAAGGUAACAACGUUACGUUAUAUAUACUCAAAAUUUUAUUAGGAUAUAAAUUAUAUUUGCAGCACAUUCAACAAGUUCUCGUUAAAUGAUGCCAUUCAUUGAUGGAGAACAUAUUUUGUAUGCGCCAUAUAUUUAGUUGCAACUUUUAAUUGUAGUACGUACAUAUGUUGUAAAUAUUAAUAUAGAAUUGAUAUGAACGAACCAAGUUUUUGUAAAGAAAGGAAAGAGGAAAAAAAUAUUACGAUUACAUGAAGCAUUUAGAGAUAUUAAUGGAUUUUGGUAAUUUUAGCUAAUAUUUCAUUUAAUAAUGUUCAUAUAUACUACAUUUUAUACUAUGGUUACAAGCUUUUGUACGUAAUAGCUUAAUGUAUUAUUUUUGAACAAAUUUUCGUAACUUGUCUUUUUUUUUUUUUUACAUACACACCGCAUCCUUUUUGCGUUCCUCUUGGCUCGUACGUACAUCAUCGUGAUGAAUAUCUCAAUUUGGAGCUUCGGUCGUUUGAAGAAUAAUAUCUUUCUAUAACGAACGGUCGUGAAUAUGAAUAUUUGCUUUUUUUUUUUUAAAGUUAAAAAGUAAUUUCUUCUGUGUAUAAGUGAGAAAUUGGUCCUAAGGAACAUUUAAAGGCGAACGUUAUACAAAUACGUAGGGAAUACGUUUUUACUUUCUUUUUUUCAUCGAUGAGAUAUGUUUUUUUUUUCUUUCCGAUCUUGUAGAAAAAGACGUGAUUUCGAGGAAAUUACAAAUUCGUUAUUGAAGAAGGAGAGGAAGAAAGUGAUCAGAAGAUAACGUUUUUCUUUUUUUUUUCUUUUUCUUUUUUAUUGACCACACAGCCUUAAAAUCUUUCCACGGACAGCAUUGUCGUCGUUACGCGUCCUCUUUGCAUAUAAUAUUGUUCUCCGAGGAGAAGGAAAAAAGCACCGUUUCUUAUUUAUUAUCAGCUUUGCGCCAUCCGUCUAAAUAGAGUACGCUAUACUACGAAAAGGGUACGUGACAAAGCGAUAUUAAUUUGGACGAUAGUCAUUAUCGCAUUAAAUUUAUGCCCUUCCUCACAUUUCACGUGGAAUAAUUUCACAUUAGAUUAGUCCGAAUAGUUGGCGAAUGAAUCGACGUAUUUUUUCAAAAGGAGGGGCCGAGAAGAAAAAAGGAAAGUUAAAGUAUAGGUUGAUAAAUGAUAAAAUGAAAAUGGAACGUAAACGAUGCUAUUUUGGCGAUUCCUCGAGAACGUUUCAACGUGUUCUCCCAUCGGAGUUAGAAUGAAAUUUCAUAAAGGAACGAUUUUACAAUGCGAAUAAAAUACGAAAUAUAAUCGUCGAAUUGUCUUUUGACGGAGAACGUCAGAGGCGUCUUAUAUUACCUAUACCAACUAUUUAUUAUGUAUAGUCCUUUAUUAUCGUAAAUAUUAGCAAUUAAAUAAAUAUCCUGACAUUGUCGAUCGUAUAAUAUGGCUUUUUCGUUUCUUUUCUUUAGCUGAGACGUGCCUUCCUAAGGGCAACACGUUCGAUCGAUUUAGUACAUUAUUUAUUUACUUAUUCGGUCAGUUUUCUUUUUUCUUUUCUUUUCUUUUCUUCUUUUUCUCCCCUUCUCUUUUCUCCGUCGAGUCUUCCAACGGCAUAAAUUGAUUUCUUACGAAUGGGCGAAGGAAGGUAUACUUGCUCGAUUCGCGCUCGUACUUCGAUAUCGCGAUAGAAGGACCAUAUGGGGGUAAGGUGAAAUAAGAAAAUAAAUAAUUGUUUCAUGCGUUGUCAAUUAUUGACUUUUACGUUGCGAAGAGUGUGGACACGAGUUUCGCGUAUUCGCGAACAUUGAAUCGGUUGACAAUUCUGUACUACAAACUUUCUUUGAAAAAGCAUCGCCAGUGAAUACAUGAAUUUUGCAAUUUGUAAAUUUUGCAAAAAGCGGUGCACUUUAAGAAGGAUCUUUCGUUUUUUCUUCGACCUUUCCUACAUUCGUUUCAUCGAAGAUGCGUUAUGCUUCGAAUAUCUAAUUCGCUCUUCGUUCAUUUUCACUUUCUUCUUCUUCUUCUUCUUCUUUUUCUCGUCUUAUAAUCCCGAAGUGAUCAACUGACCCGAAGCAAUCAAUCGGACUCAUAUUUAUUUCUAAUAAAAAUCAACCUGAUUAAUUCAUCGAAAUUCGAUCUUCAAAAAGAGAAGAGCUCUCGUUCAACUUUCGAGUCAACCUUCUUGUUCUUCGUUCGAUUCAUUUUACAUAGAAAAACUAGCUAGAACGUUUUUGUCCUUUAGCGAUGAAUUUAAAGAGAAAUCCGAAGGCAAAAUGACUACGUUAUAGAAAUUCUAUAAAAAUAAAAUGCGCGCUUGUUAACGCGGAAACAUAAGUGGAUCUCUCGCAUCAUCUUUUAUCUCGUUUUCUAAGCGUGCCUCGUAAUAUCUUUUAUAUUAAUGAUAAUGAUAUUCGAUCGUAAAUUAUCCUCUUAAAGGAACGACAACGAUAGAGAGACAAUAAAUAAGGGGUAUGAUUUUCGGACCGUUCGUGAAUGUUUUUAUUAGAGCUGCUAGCAAUGAUUAAAGGGCCAAUGGAGUCUACUUGCUUUCUUUUCUUUUCGUUUGACCCUUUGCCCGAAGAUAUUUUUUAAACACUCCUCGGAAAGGAUUAAAUGAUUUUACGUUCAAACAAAACAAACAAACAGACAAACAGAGAAACAAACAAACAAACAAACGAACAAAUAAAUAAAUAAUAGAACAUAUAUACUAGAUAUACAUGUACAUACGCGCACACACACACACACACA